AAGAUAUUAUUGACCAUCUAAAUCACGUCAACGACCAAAUUGUGGAAGAAGAAGAACAAUUACUAGACGAGGAAGAUCAAAAUCUUCCAUGUUUGGAUGAUGAUGAAUGCGAGCAUUUAAAACAAGAAGCUAAAGAAAAAGGAACUCAGAAGUUCAUUCAAGAAUACUUUCUUGAAAAACAUAUUCCCCUUCGGAAGUUAUUUUACGCAUUCGAUUAUAAAUUGCCAAGAAGAAUUAAUGACCUCCCAGAUAUGCAAUUACUUCCAGUUCUCCAUAAGAUUGUUGCAAAGUUCUUACGGCAACGGCAAAAACUGCCACAUAUUAAUACAUUGGAACAAGUUGUUGAAUUAUUACGAAAUUCAAAAAAUAUCAUGGUCUUGACAGGUGCAGGGGUUUCCGUGUCAUGUGGAAUACCGGACUUUCGUUCCGAGAAUGGGAUCUAUUCUCGGCUGUCAGAAUUUGACUUGGAUGACCCACAGGAUAUGUUUGACAUCAAUUACUUCAGAGAUUGUCCUGAUGUUUUUUAUUCGUUCGCCAAGGAAAUAUACCCCAGUAAUUUCACGCCAUCUCCUUCACACUAUUUUAUUAAAUUAUUGGAAGAAAAAGGAAAGCUUUUAAGAAAUUACACCCAAAACAUUGAUACCCUGGAACAAGCUGCUGGAAUUAAGAACGUCCUACAAUGUCAUGGAUCUUUUGCAACCGCCAGUUGUAUAGUAUGUGAAUACAAAGUCGAUGGCAGUGAAAUCAAAGAUGAUAUACUUCAUCAACGAGUACCUCGUUGCCCCAAGUGUAAAAAGGUGUAUAAGGGAGAAGACGUGGAAGAAUGCUUAUCUAUUAUGAAACCUGAUAUUGUCUUCUUUGGUGAGAAAUUACCUCCUGAAUUUGACCAAUGCUUCCCCAAAGACCGCGAAAAAGUUGACUUGUUGAUUGUAAUGGGAAGUAGCUUGAAAGUGGCUCCAGUUAGUGAAAUAAUGG